AGGUCAAGUUACAGCAGAGGUGCCGUUAAGACCUCAAAUCCCUCUCCAAAGUCAGGGGCUUAGAGCUUGCCAGAAAUUGCAAGGUAGCUCUUCAAGCUUCAAGUUCCUCAUUUUGUUAACUUCCUCUGAUCAUCCGUAGACAGGUCUGAAAAUUCGGAGAUACUUAGGAGGCAAAGGUCCCUAGAAAUUCACAGGUCUGAGAUUCCAAACAUCAGGGACAAGUGACACUGUCUUUCAAUGAAGGCUCCCCACCAGGGUCCUAGCAGUGCCACGGGGACCACUGUCUAGCAUCACCUACCGAGCUCCCUGGGGAGCCAGCCACCCUGCACCUCCUGAAGGCAGGGUUGAGUUUUACACAUCUUUGCCCCAAAGGCAAACCAUAAUGAAAGGCGGUGUUUGAAGAAGGAGCCUCCCUCGCAGAGCCCUGAAUUCGGAUAAGGAGCGGCAGAAUUACACAGGGGUGAAGACUUUGUCCUGGAGGUAUGCUUAAUUGCUGUGUAAUCUAACUGGGAAGGCCAACCCCCAGACACCUGUAAAAAGGAGAACAAAUUGCUGAACAGCUGGCCCUAAAAGACAAAUAAUGUGUUAAAAAUGGAGGCAUGGAGGGAGCGCAGGCAGCGCCCCAGCCAAUCAGCCCUAUGACCUCCUCCUCGUCAUCUCCUCUACCCGCCGGACUUCAGAUCUGACCCCCCAGCCGCCUGCCGUGCCCCCGGGAGCUCCCCCGUCAUCCCCCGAGCAAGAUGCCUAUCCUCAAGCAGCUCGUGUCCAGCUCGGUGCAUUCCAAGCGCCGCUCCCGCGUGGACCUCACGGCCGAGAUGAUCAGCGCCCCCCUGGGCGACUUCCGGCACACCAUGCACGUGGGCCGGGCCGGGGACGCCUUUGGGGACACCUCCUUCCUCAACAGCAAGGCCGGCGAGCUGGACGGUGAGUCCCUGGACGAGCAGGCCUCCUCCUCGUCCUCCAAACGCAGCCUCCUGUCCCGGAAGUUCCGGGGCAGCAAGCGGUCGCAGUCGGUGACCAGGGGGGACCGGGAGCAGAGGGACAUGCUAGGCUCCCUGCGGGACUCGGCUCUGUUCGUCAAGAACGCCAUGUCCCUGCCCCAGCUGAACGAGAAGGAGGCGGCCGAGAAGGGCUCUGGCAAGCUGCCCAAGAGCCUGUCGUCCAGCCCCGUGAAGAAGGCGAGCUCCGGGGAGGGCGGCCAGGAGGAGAUGGGCGAGGGGGAGCUUGGGCCCCGGCGGAACGGGGCGGCCGCCCCCCACUCCCCAGACCCCCUCCUGGACGAGCAGGCCUUCGGGGACCUGACAGAGCUGCCCAUCAUGCCCAAGGCUGGCUUGGGGCUCAAGCACGCUGAGUCCAUCAUGUCGUUCCACAUUGACCUGGGACCCUCCAUGCUGGGCGACGUCCUCAGCAUCAUGGACAAAGAGGAGUGGGAACAGGAGGAGGAGGAUGGCGGUUACCAUGACGACGGGGACGCAGCACCACACAGCACCCUGCAGGCUCCCCUGACUGCGGCAGGGGCGGCGGCGGCGGCGGGGGGCCCUCCAAGGGCCAGGCAGGAGGGCGCUGCAGGCCGGGACCUGCCCCAGGACGAGGGGUGGGCGGCGGCCCCCAGCCCCGGCUCGGCCCGCAGCGAAGGCAGCCACACCACUCGGGACAGCAGCUCCCUGUCCAGCUGCACCUCGGGCGUCCUGGACGAGCGCAGCCCAGUCCCCCGGGGCCCCGAGAGGGCCCGGGCCCCGCUGUCCCGGCAGCCCGACAAGGAGUUCUCCUUCAUGGACGAGGAGGAGGAUGAGGAGAUCCGAGUGUGAGGGGCUCCCGGCCUCCCUGCCCCCAAGCCACACCACCCCCCUUCCCUGCCCCGUCCCCUGUGCAGGGCAGCCAAGAGCCCGGCUUCGGUUGCAGACCCUGGACCUCCCGGACGAGAGGCGCUGGCGGGGGCCGUGGGGAGCUGGCGGGGGCCGUGGGGAGCACCCAGCCCUUCUGAGCACUGUGGGAUAGGCGGGGGCUGACAGAAGGAACCGGCUGUCCCUUUCCUCUCCUGAUGUUCCUCCUGUGACCGGUGGCUUGUGGCAGGAGGAAGGGUGGUCCCAGGCCCCCAGCCCCCCCUCCAUCCCUCAUCCCCGGUUCAUGCACCACAAGCCUGGAGCCCCUCGGAGCAAAGCCGGACCGAAUGUGUGCACUAAACGCAGCCCCUUCUAGGGGAAGAGAACAGGAUGGCGAACGAAAGGAGGCCUCAGGCUUCUGGAAUUUUCUAGAAGGGGCUCUUCCAGGAAGACACUAGAAAUAGGUUGGGCACUGGCUUCAACAUUGAUUUGUUUGUUCUUGUCACGUUUAAAUCCUUCCGGAGUGGUAUCUGGAACAGUGUUGUUAGUAGGUCUGCUGCCAGAAGGAAAAUCAAAUCCUUUUAGAAAACCUU